AUGGCACCGUAUACGCUUGGCUUUGGUGAAAUACGUUUCCAGUAAGCACUGACAAUGCAUUUUAACUCGAAAAACCGGUCGAAAACGUCACUUCCGGUGGGUUAAGUGUAUGAAAAUAAAACUCAUGGCUAUUCAUAUUCAUUUGAUUUGUAGAGAUCGUCUAGACAAAAAUGUUUGAACACGUUUUUUGAUUUAUCCUCGGGGCAAGUUCUUCAAAUUUCGCUGGAUUUCGAUACUUCCGAGUGGGACCCCACAAUCGCCGGCUCAUUAGCAGACUUGUGCGAGAACACUGGAAAUUGAAGAAGAGACACCCAAAUUAAUAGACAAACGUCAACAUUUUUUAUCGUAAAAUAAUCUUACUUUGCUUGGUAUUGGACUUCAGAAAAUGUGAGUUGCUUCUUUACCUGCUGAGAGACUAAUGUUCACCAAAUUAUCCUGAAGAACAGAAUAAUUGUGUCACGUUCAUUUCGUGUUGGAUUAGCGAUCCAUGACUUUUAAAGAUGAUUCGGAAGGGUGUGAAAUGCCAUUAUGCUUUUCACAUUGUGAGGGUGAUUAAUUAUUUUCUGGUCAUCAGCUUCUUUAGCACAAUCUACAUUGUUUCACUUCGCUCUCGGUUAUGCCACUUUCUGCGCUCAUCGGAAAAGUCAUUGCAGCAUAAGUAAAGUACUUUGAAGGUUUCACUUCUUGACAAAGUUCCGGCCAGAGCUUGUAUAUUGUUUGUUUAUCGGAAAACCUAAUGAAGUAACCAGAAUAUUUACCGCGAGAAUAUACGUCAGAAAGUAAGUAUCGGUAAACCGCGGAAGAUAUUUGUUAUAUUUUUAGUAUGAUUCAUGUUCUUCUAUAUUCGCCUUACACGUGCUAAAUGUUUCGUUCCUUGUUGAAGGAACCGGCCUCAACGAGUGUCGGUACGUGGUGUCUUCUGUAAUAGACUCCAGACGGAGCUUUUCAUACUUUAGUAUUCAUCGGUAAAAUCGCAUUACUUAAGCAUUCUUCUUGUCUAGUUUGAAUAUCGAUAACGUUUACUUAAUUUGUGGAACAGGAUACUUUUUUUUUUCUUUUUGCUUAAGAGCUACUAGUGACAAUAGCAAGGAUCAGAAACUUCCGUUUAGAACAAAGCUGUCUCCUGAGGUUUCUUAUGAGUCAAGGGAAAAGAAAAUCGUAGCAGACAUACAGAAGUUGAAUUGCUUAAAACUUUCACCUUUCAGAUCCGAUCUCGUAAUAUUCUGACAGCAAUGUGAAAAGUGGUCUAAAUAAUAGAGGAAAAAUCGUCUGUGAAGACAAAAGUAAUCCUGUCAGAAUCGAAAGCGAAUAAGUUAAUACUCUCUGCUUUUUUUCCCGGCAAUGUAUUGAUUACUCUCUCAGUCAUUUCGUCGUGAGUUAUGAGUGUAAUUGGUUUAAUUAUCCUUUCUGAUCCAAAGCAGAAGGUGCCAGUGUUCUGUUCAAUGUGUGUACACGCGAUAUUCUAAAGCUACACUAGUUACCAUAGCAAUUAUCGAGCUCCUAUUUAGUUAAGAUUUAAAACAUAUCAGAGUAAAAGACAAAUAGCAAACGGAACCGUGGAUUCUUGAAGUACACACUGUUGUUUGCUCUGUUUUGCGUCUCUGUUUCUUUCAAAGCGGCAUCUAUCGACCUCUCUCGACCGUAUCAUAGCAGCUAAUCGGUACGGUUUCAAUGGCGCCUGAUUAAGUGACUUAGGCGUUCACAGCACGUAUUUAGAACAAGAAUGCUCUGUGAAUGUUUUGCUGAAUGUGUACUCGAUUGAAAUUUUCUUUCAGCUUUCUGAUCUCCGGUUAAGAACCGCGAACGAAAGCAAGAAGUUAGCUAUGUCAUCGUCAUCACAGACAGCCUUUCGAAGCCGGAGCAAGACUCUGCCAUUGCCUUCCAGAGUUAAGAUCGAGAAAAAGAUUGUACAAGAGCCCAAAACAAGGUCGCCACUUCCCUUCAGAAGGUUAGUUAGGUUAUCAAUACUAUUGUGGUGUGAACUGAAAAUAUGUCCCAUGCAAUGGUGUCGUAUCUCGUAAAUUUACGUGUUCUGCAUAAAAUAGUUUUAUCAUUGAAUUGUUUAAUCAAGAUGCGCACCGUUUAGUGGUAAUGUUAUCUACUAAUUUUACAGACACAAUUGAAAUACUAAGAGGUCUUGUGUAUAUUACGUUAGCGGCAAAUCAGUUACUGAAUUUCGUAAUGGAUACUAAACAAACGAAGAAACACGAUAGUUUGCAGAUAAGCACUAUGUGUUAUUAGAUAAACGUCUGGGUCUUAUUUGGAAACAGCGUUUGUUUCGAAAUAUUUAUUUUAUUCCCUUUCGACGACUUUCCUCGUUCCUUCCUUGGUAAAAUAAACAGAUUACCUUGGAAAAAAAUUGUCGCCUACAUCCAUGUGGUUUUGACGUAGAGGUCAUAACUAUUUAAACUGCCGUGACUUUUUAAACUAGUUUGAAACAAAUCUUGUUUAUUUUGGGGACUUAAUAGCCGCACUAUCAAUUAUUUCUCAAUAUAAAGUUAUUUUUAUUUCUUUACUUGUCGCACAUCUGUCAGCCUUGCGUGACAACUUAACUGCACUGCACUGCACUUUUUUAACAGUGAUGUACAGGAUUAUAUUGACUAUGCUCUUUUGUUUACAGAUUAGCGGAUCUUUUGAAAAGGAAGAAAAAGCGAAGUAAAGGAGCUUCUGAUUCAUUCAAUGUGCCCUUAGAAAGGCAAACCUGGUUUCAUGGAAAGAUCACAGCCGAUUUUGCAGAACGUUACUUACGGCGAGACGGAAACUUCUUGGUGCGUGAAGACCCCGCAAAACCAGGCAGCUGUUUUAUCGUGGUGCGCUACAAACGGUCAGCGGUUCACAUACCACUUGUCAAAGUAAACUCAUCCAAAGGAACAAGAAUAAAGUAUAGGACAGAGGAAUCUGAGAACAGUUUCGAUUCCAUAUGCGAGUUAAUUCACUACUAUGUAACAGAAAAGAAACCAUUAACCCCGAACACUUCAGCAAUAAUCACUCAUGCUGUCAGCCGCGAUGCAACACUUUUGUCAUCAGACGAUUUAAAAAGUAUGAACUCCAAUCAUCAUAACAGGUAUGUAACAAACACUGUUCCUGCUAAUGCCUGUCCGCCCAAUCCCCCUGGGACUGGUCCCCUGCGUCAAAGACGAAUCGACAAACCUACUCGCAAGAACAGUGAUCCCGGAUUACAUCUUGAGGUUAACACAAAUGGCGUCAAAAUGCGACAUUUUACAAUGGAUUCUCAGGUGAAAAGAAAUGUUCCCUCCUCCCCAGAAAAAUUAUCAUGGACAAUUCAGCCGAAACAACGGGAGAAAAUUCCCGAAGCAUUCCUUGCAAAGGCCGAGAAAGAGGAAAAUUUGCCAUUUUAUGAGACACCGUUAGGAGAAAAGAAAGUCGAGGAUCUGAAGGAAACUUUACAAACGUCGGAGCCAUUUUAUGAAGAUCCUAAUGAAAAGGAAAGUUUGGAAAAUUACUAUGACAAACCUGGAGAAAAGGAAAAGUCACCAACGUCAGUUGAUGACAUGGAGAAAAUAAAACCUUCUGAUGAAAAAGAAGGGCUGGAAAAGAAUGAUGGCUACUACGACAGACCUGCGAAUGGGAUUAACGACCAAGAUUUUUAUGAUAAACCGUCUCCCAUAGAAAUCUCGGAAGAAUACUACGACAAACCACCGAGACAAUCCAGCCAAGCAAGCCUGUCGAACACUUCCAGAGAACAAAGUCAGGAAGAUGUUUAUGAUAAGCCACGACGUAGCAUUGACUGCCUGUACGACACACCACGGGCCAGUCAGGAUAACCUAUACGACAAACCACCCCCCAAACCAAAAAGGACUGAGUCUUUCAGGAACUCAGAUCCAACUGUUUCUUCGAAAAUUCCUCCCAAACUCGUGUCACGAUGCAGUGCGCCUGCAUUGCGGACCUAUGAUUCUGACGCAUCUGCCCGCCGGGGUCCUUCCUUUGAAGCUCUUCCGGAGAAAAGGCAUUCAGGGGCUGAGUUUUUCUUGAGGAAAGCCACUUCCAAGAAUUCAUCUCCAGGUGGAGUUAGCUUAGAGUCUGAAGCUUACUACUCUACGCCUCCAUCAAGGCAAACAGAAAGUCCUUUGUCAUCAAAAUCUGACCUCGGCUCGCCUGAGAAUCUAGACAUAUAUGACGUACCAACUGAAUCUGGCGCUAUUUCGGAACAGGUGCUGACACCAUCAAAGUCAACUGAUGGCGAGAAAGAGAACCAAACGAGUCUAAACGUGGCAGACAACAGACCUAAGCGAUCAGGUUCUGUGGACAAACAGGGAAUCUUUUUAAAUGUGAUGAAAAAGAUUGGCGAGAACUUGCUUUCUCCGUUCCUAGAGAUUGACUGCCUCGCCCUUGCAAGACACUUGACUCGGGUGGAUCUGAUACAACUAUGGGGCGAGGAGCCGCAACGUCAAUCUUGGAGCAUUGAGGAUGGCACUGGAGGAGCCAAAGGCCUGGAAAUUCUUACGCUUCCUCAAGGAAGGGACCAAAGGGCACAAUUACUUUCAAGGUUCGUAUCUGUUAGAUUUAAGAAUUAGAACUUAAAAUCAGUUUUUCCUAAGUUUUAGGUUACUCCACCAUCCUAGUCUAUCAAAAGAAUGUCUUCCUUCCUAAGGACGGAAACGUUAUGUGUUUUGACUCUGACCUACCUUUGUUCCUAUCAUCAUGUAGUUAUCACUGUUCUUAUCAUGAUGUAGUCAUCAUUGUUCUUAUCAUCUCGUAGUCAUCAAAUGAAUAUCCCACAAGUGUACCAUACUGGUAUCUCUACAUAUUUCUCUGUGGGAUUAUUAAGCAUCGCAUUAGGAAUAAAAACUAAGGGGGAUAGAAGAACCACGACAACUUUGACAGUUAACAUGACAACUUACUCUUCUCUUCUCGCCAUAUGGCUUAUCCUUCGUUUUUUUCACCUUCGUGCAUGUUUUAAAGAAUUUACCUUCCCAUCAAGAUAUAAAAAAAUAAAAUAUAUUUGAGAAAAGUAAGAGACCUUUCGCCACUCUGGUUGCCAUAAUUUCGUUCACUUUUCAAGGAGGAAAAAGUACUUAAGCCCGACAGAGUGUUUUCUUUUUAACCAUAAACCAUCGGUCAUUACUCUCGCCUUUCCUCUUUCUUUUAGAUUUUCUAAUGUGAGACACUGGGUAGCGACAUUAGUCGUGGCUGCGGGUGACCUGGGCACCAGAGGCAAAGUUCUCAAAAAGCUGAUUGAGUUGGCUGACGUUCUGAGCGACAAACUUGGUAACCUGGUGUCAUUUAUGGCUGUUAUGGAAGGACUCUCCUUACCUCAGGUACUUUUUCGUCCUGAUUCACCCGUUUAGUGUACAGAAGGGAGCGUGAGCAACGGCAACAACAUAAGAAACGUCGACGUUGACUGAAAAAAAUUGACAUAUAUUUUAGAGCAGUCUGCAACGUAUUUGGUGUGUAAUAAAGUUUGCUCAAAGACUGUGCAAAAUUAUGAAAAAAAAGGAGACUGAGAAGAAAGAAGGUUUGAUAGUUUUGAAGAUUUAGUGUUGUCUUAUAUUGCCAGUAAUUUUUCAUCCAUGGCUAAAUUCCUGUCGAAUCAUCUCAAAUGAAAGAAUCGAUGGCUUAAAUUACGCUCUUGGUAAAAAAUAUGUUGAGUUUCUUUCUUUCCUUUCUUGCCAGCUUGAGUGAUGAAAUUUCGUGGCCAGUUUGUGCCGCAGUCUUUAAAUAUUAGGUUGAUGGAUGCGUGAGUGCGUGUGUGAGUGUGCUCUUGUGUCUUUGUUUCCUUGAAUCUGUAAAUCCCUAAAUCGUGGUUUAUCUUUAGGUAACGCGACUUCACCACGCGUGGUCAUGCCUUCAUCGCCAGUGCAGUUCUACCGCGAUUCUCUACCACAGCACUCUCAAGCCUUUGGCAGGGCUCUUGAGCUCAGGGGCUCCCAGCCCUUUUCCCGGAGUGAGCCUUCCUUAUAUCAUACCCUUGGUCAGGUACCUGGAAAUGACCCCGGAAGAAAUUCUCAAUGACUGGGCACAUGCUGAGGUAGACCUUGGGUUAGAAACAAUAUCGGCACAUUUGGACUCUGGGCGCAUUCUGACGCAACAGCUUGAAGAGUUCCGUGUAGAAGCAAUUAAUCUUCUACGCAAAGAUGACUUUGUAGUCGAUGCUAAACUCAUUGAUUAUUUCCAAGAGAAAGUCAACAUUGGAAAUGUGUUAGGACUGGGUCCUGAUUCCACCAACCGGACAAAUAAAUUAAGGACUUUGCUGCAAUGGCUCUCGGAAAACGCGGAACAUCUCACUAGUGCAGAGACUUCUGGAGUGUAGAGAAGGGAACUUUGUACAUUUAUCUUACAAGUUAGUGUUCCUGUGAUCUGCUGCUGUUAGUUCAUGGUUGUUGGGAUGCCAUUUCAUAUGUUUCUGUUAGGUCGUUACGAGAACACGGUUGUCGAUCUUUCAAUCAUGAAAUUAUUCUAAAUUGUAAUUCUGUAUACUCUGGACUCUGUUUUGAUUUUUUAUUUACAAAGUUGGUGUUGAUUUUUUUUCUUUUUUAUGGCCAGAAAAGGGUUUUCGUUGACAUGGUAAUUUUCACAUGUACAGUCCUUUAUCUUACACUAUGUGUAGUCAUUUUCCACAGAUCACAGGUUUCUUUUCGAAAAGUUUUUUUUUCUACUAAAGAAAAAGGAGAAGAUAAGCGAAUGUCUUUCUAAUUGUAAAUAAAUCACCCGAAUUGGACCUUGUACUGAGUUUUAAUUCCGACAGUCAGAGAACUUUUCUAUAUAUACAUGAAUAAAAUAAUUCUGUAAUCUAGAAAGAAAAUAAGCAAUAAGAGAGAAGAAGGUGUCUCACUCUGCAGUUAUUCCAUAAUUGCACAGUUAUGCUUAAAAGAAUGACUGCGUAUCGGUCUUGGAAAAUGUUAAAGUGAAGCCUAGAGUUGAACUCAGUGCAAAUUUUGGAAACAUCAAGGGUUUAUUUUAAAUUUUUUUUUUGUAAAUUUUUUAAAAAUUCAUUCUAGAUGAAAGAAUUUUAUUUCAGUGUUGAAGUUCUAGCUUGUCUGGACCUCGACUUGAAAAUUUUAUGAAUUCUGUUGAUGCCGAGAACAUAAGAUGUUGUACACAAUUGAGUUUUGAACCAGGUACUUGUAAAUAUCAACAGUUUUUGGUAAGAAGCUGAGAAGUAAAUUAAAGAGCUUUGUUAGUU